ACGAAGCACCUUUAUUUCCUUCAUUGCCAUUUGUCCGGAGAGGUGUCAGUCACCUUACGCCCGCCCCCGCCACUCAACCAUUGGCUUAAAGACAGGACUAGAAAAGGAUUCUGGUUAAGACCGAAAGUAAUUCAGUCCAAACGCAAGCGCAUCACACAGAUCUCGUCAGAGACUGGAUACGUUGAUUGCCAAUCUCUAUAAAAACCUCCUUCCUUGUGUACUCAUUGGCUUGCGUAGACGACUAUCUCGCCGGUCGCCCGCCCAGCCGUUCAAAGAAGCCUUUCGCCAGAUCCCUCCUUCCUGUCCACUUGACUCUUCGGAGCCAUCAAUCCGGUUCUGAAGCCGCCCACCGAUUCUGGAACUCCCGCUUCAUUGGGCCUCGGAUCUUCUCGGAUCUCCUCGAUUUGCCCUCCCAGCGCCGGCAGCCCGCAGCCCACUGCCUCGGAAAGCUGUCGAUCUCGCGGCGCCUCCCGCCCACUGCCCCUCGAGGCACUCCGGUUGGCCGCUCGCCUCCAGAGUCCGUGAUUGGUGUUCCGGGAGCAGCAGCCGCCUUCCAUUGGCCCGGCGGCGCCGUCCGUCAAGCCGGCGUCGGGAGGGGGCGUCCCUCUCCCCCCUCGUCGUCUUUCCAGCCGCUGGGUUCCCAGAGUGCUCCGCGGCCGUGUGGAGCGAGGCCUUGUUCCCGCGUUGAGCCGCUGCUGCCGCCGCCGCCUCCUCAGCUUCAGCCUCCGCGCCAGGCCCGGCCCCGCCGCGCCAUGUCGGACUACAGCACGGGAGGACCCCCGCCCGGGCCGCCGCCACCCGCCGGCGGGGGCGGGGGGUCCGGAGGAGCCGGGGGUGCCGGAGGAGGCCCGCCGUCGGGCCCGCCGGGCGCGGGGGACCGGGGCGGCGGCGGUCCAGGCGGCGGCGGCCCGGGCGGAGGGUCAGCUGGGGGCCCCUCGCAGCCGCCUGGCGGCGGUGGCCCGGGAAUCCGCAAGGACGCCUUCGCAGACGCAGUGCAGCGGGCCCGCCAGAUCGCAGCCAAAAUUGGAGGUGAUGCCGCUACAACAGUGAAUAACAGCACUCCUGAUUUUGGUUUUGGAGGCCAAAAGAGGCAGUUAGAAGAUGGAGACCAACCGGAGAGCAAGAAACUGGCUUCCCAGGGAGACUCCAUCAGUUCUCAGCUCGGACCCAUCCAUCCUCCCCCCAGGACUUCCAUGACAGAAGAGUACAGAGUCCCAGACGGCAUGGUGGGACUAAACAGCGGUGGCCUACCCGAGCGCAGCGUGUCCUUGACAGGAGCCCCGGAGUCUGUGCAAAAAGCAAAGAUGAUGCUGGAUGACAUCGUCUCUCGGGGUCGUGGGGGCCCCCCAGGACAGUUCCACGACAACGCCAAUGGGGGCCAGAACGGCACGGUGCAGGAGAUCAUGAUCCCCGCAGGGAAGGCCGGCCUGGUCAUCGGCAAAGGUGGAGAGACGAUUAAGCAGCUGCAGGAACGGGCUGGAGUCAAGAUGAUUUUAAUCCAAGAUGGAUCCCAGAACACAAACGUGGACAAACCACUCCGGAUCAUCGGAGACCCUUACAAAGUACAGCAAGCCUGCGAGAUGGUGAUGGACAUCCUUCGGGAGCGUGACCAGGGUGGCUUUGGGGACCGGAAUGAGUAUGGAUCCCGGAUCGGCGGGGGCAUCGAUGUGCCAGUGCCCAGGCAUUCUGUGGGGGUGGUCAUCGGCCGGAGCGGAGAGAUGAUCAAGAAGAUCCAGAAUGACGCGGGUGUUCGGAUACAGUUUAAACAAGAUGACGGGACGGGUCCCGAGAAGAUAGCUCACAUAAUGGGGCCCCCAGACCGGUGUGAGCACGCCGCGAGGAUCAUCAAUGAUCUCCUCCAGAGCCUCAGGAGUGGUCCCCCGGGCCCUCCAGGGGGUCCUGGCAUGCCCCCAGGGGGCCGAGGUCGAGGAAGAGGCCAAGGCAACUGGGGCCCUCCUGGUGGGGAGAUGACCUUCUCCAUUCCCACUCACAAGUGCGGGCUGGUCAUCGGCCGAGGUGGUGAGAACGUGAAAGCCAUAAACCAGCAGACGGGCGCCUUUGUAGAGAUCUCCCGGCAGCUGCCGCCCAACGGGGACCCCAACUUCAAAUUGUUCAUCAUCCGGGGCUCACCCCAGCAGAUCGACCACGCCAAGCAGCUCAUCGAGGAGAAGAUCGAGGGUCCCCUCUGCCCAGUGGGCCCAGGCCCCGGGGGCCCAGGCCCUGCCGGCCCCAUGGGACCCUUCAACCCCGGGCCCUUCAAUCAGGGGCCACCCGGGGCUCCCCCUCAUGCUGGAGGCCCCCCUCCUCACCAGUACCCACCCCAGGGCUGGGGCAAUACCUACCCUCAGUGGCAGCCGCCUGCUCCUCACGACCCGAAUAAAGCCGCGGCUGCCGCUGCAGACCCCAACGCCGCCUGGGCCGCCUACUACUCACACUACUACCAGCAGCCCCCAGGCCCCGUGCCUGGCCCAGCACCGGCCCCUGCAGCCCCGCCCACCCAGGGCGAGCCCCCUCAGCCUCCACCUGCCGGCCAGUCGGACUACACUAAGGCCUGGGAGGAGUACUACAAGAAGAUCGGCCAGCAGCCCCAGCAGCCCGGUGCACCCCCGCAGCAGGACUACACGAAGGCCUGGGAGGAGUACUACAAGAAGCAGGCUCAAGUGGCCACGGGAGGGGGUCCGGGAGCACCCCCAGGCUCCCAGCCGGACUACAGUGCCGCCUGGGCCGAAUAUUACAGACAGCAAGCCGCUUACUACGGACAGACUCCAGGUCCUGGCGGCCCCCAGCCUCCACCCACACAGCAGGGACAGCAGCAGGCAAGUGGGAAUUGCCACCCUCCUCCUCCUCCUUUCUCCUUCCAACCCCCGGCUACCGUCCAUCCUGCCUUAGUGGGUAGCGCCGGAAAUCCCUUCCCCUGCGGGGUGUGUCCUUGAUGCCUGCAGCGGGGGCCGCGUGGCCAGAGGUCUCCGGGAGUCCCCACGUGCCAGGGGAAGUGUGUGCUGGGUCCAGAGGUUAAACGAAGAGGCCUCCCUCCGCCGGCCCGCUUGUUCCUGUGUAACGCUGUCAUGAUGCUGGGGGAGACCGCGCGAAACAAAUAAAAGGAGGAACUGUUGAACUGGUGGGUAGUCCUGGGGGUGGGGGGCAGGCCGUCCGCUCAGAUGCUGGUCGCCAUCCUGGCUGCUAACUCACUCAAAAUCUGGCCAUUUGGGAAGAAAACGGAUAUUUUUUUCCUCUCUCUGCAUUACUUUCAUGGUUUUUGUUCUUUUGAUUCUUUUAUUUUUGAAACCACGAUCUCUCCCCGCGUGUCCAAGUGACUGUGUGUGCUGCAAGCGGCCCCGUGCGGCUCGGGCCGUGGCCUGGCUGUGGCUCCUCCCGCGGCUCCUCCCGUGGGCUGUGGGGAGGUGCCGAGGGGCCUGGGCCCUCCCGCUCCGCCCAGGCUCGGCCUCUCUGCUCCCGUGCCCGCCUUGUGUCCUGGUCUUGUCUGUGAAGUGGGCAUGACGAUCGCUGCCACCUUCCAACCUACCUCACAGGGGUGUUGUGGGGACACCGUGAUCUCUGACUGUCAUGUUGUGAUGCGCCGGGCCGCCCGCCCUCCUUCCUUCCUGAAGACAGGGCCCCCUCCUCCCUCCCCUCCCCUCCCCUCCCCGCUCCCAUCCCUGAGCGCUUUCUCCUUCCCUCCCUCCCUCCCUCCCUCCCUCCCU